AUGGACCCCACGUGCGCUUGCCAAGAACUAGAAGUGUUGUACUGGAAGAAAGGCGAUCAAAACUGGAGAUCAACUACAACGACCAUUGAGAAGGGAUCGGCAUCAUUUCUAGCAGACGAGGAAGAUUUCGAUGUCUGCAUCGUGAAUGCUUUUGCGCAGAAAAUACGCGAAUGUUCAGCAUGCCGUGAGAAGUUUGCUAAAGCCUUCAUGAUCCCAGAUCUCUGGUGGAAACGAUACUGCAGAGAUUCCAACGGCUACUUUGGAUGCGAGACAAAGAUUGAUGAGGACGGAAAUACUGCAGGACUGACUACAUGGGCGCGAUUCCCAGUGAAGCUCACGAACGAAGGACAUACAGGAUAUGAAUGGUCAAAAACCAAUGUGAUUACGCACUGGGUGGCGAAGACUCGUCAAACAGUCCUCAUCGUCUUCGACGCCGUCCAACCAGCGGCGAAUUGUAUGGAGAGGGUCCCGGAAGAUGAAUCCGACCCCAUUUACGCCGUUCCAAGCGCGGACUACUUCCUCGACCCCUACUGGAUAUACAUCGGAAUCUUGGAGAAGGUCGUUACUUUGCAAGAUGCCGCUGUAUGGGCUGUUCGUGUUACAGUCCGGACCACAGAGAAGCAAAGGGAUAUAACCCACGGCUCCGACUUGGCCACGUCAAAACCUGCACCGGGCUUUCGUCAUUUACACGAAACGGCACGACAUGCUAUACACGUUUCCGAGACAUUGGAUUUGGCCGUCAAGGCUGCUAGGAAGAUUCUACUGCAACACGAGGCAUUCAAAGUUGGCCAUGAUGAUGAGUCCAGGUCUGCCACCGCAUGGAAACGGGCUUGGAAUUACACGCAUCAGCGGUUGCAAUUCUUCGAAGAGAUGAUCACCAGCCUUCAAGAGCGCUCGGCUUCCAAUAAGGCUCGACAUUUCAACGAGAUCUCGCUCGCAUACAACAUGGUUGCUCAGUCCGACGCCCGGAUUUCUGUAGCCAUCGGUCGCGCGACGCAGAGGGACAGCGAGGCCAUGAAAACCGUGGCUUUUCUAACACUACUUUUCCUGCCGGCGACUUUCGUUUCAGCCGUCUUCAGCACUUCAUUUUUUGACUACGACUCGGCCUCAGACUCGUGGAACGUCUCUGGAAAGUUCUGGGUCUACUGGGUUGUAGCAAUUCCAAUAACCCUCGUAACGGCUCUGCUGUGGUAUUGCCGACAUUCUAUGAGCCCCUCAGGUAGUUUCGACUUACUUCGACGGGCGGAUUCCCAGAGAGCAUUUGUAUGCAACGAUAUCGAGUUUGGGGAUGGUAAAGCUGAUGCGGGGUUGCGGCAUCAGGCGCAGGCAAAGUCAUGGAGAUAA